UGCGCCAGCGGGCGCCCGGCCGGGGGCCAUGGAGGGCGGCGAGGCGGCGGGCGGCCCGGGGCGGCCGCUGAGCGACGCGGAGCUGGCGGCGCUGGCCAAGGAGGAGCUGGUGCGGAGGCUGCGGCAGGAGGAGGCGGAGAAGCUGGCGGCGCUGGUGCAGCGCGGCCGCCUCAUGCAGGAGGUCAACCGGCAGCUGCAGGGCCACCUGGGCGAGAUCCGCGAGCUCAAGCAGGUCAACCGGCGGCUGCAGGACGAGAACCGAGAGCUGCGCGACCUCUGCUGCUUCCUGGACCACGAGCGCCAGAAGGGCCGCCGCGUGGCCCGCGAGUGGCAGCUCUUCGGGGCGCACGCGUCCCGGGCCGUGCGCGACGAGCUGGCCGGCUGCUGGCAGAAGCUGGCGCAGCUCGAGGGCCGCCAGGACGAGCUGCUGCGCGAGAACCUGGCGCUCAAGGAGCUCUGCCUGGCGCUCGAGGAGGAGUGGGGCCCGCGGCCGGCCCCCGGGGCCGGAGCCUCUGCGGCAGCCGCGGCGGGAGGCGGAGGAGGAGGAGGAGGAGCUGGAGGAGGAGGAGGAGGAGGAGGAGCGGAGGCCGGGCCCGAGCCCGGAGGAGGCCCCGGAGGCCCCGGCCCCGACGGCCCGAGCGGUCCCGGGCCAGAGCUGGGGCUGCUCCCGUGCGGGGCCCGGGACGUGGGAGACGGCAGCUCGAGCACGGGCAGCGUGGGCAGCCCGGACCAGCUGCACCUGGCCUGCUCUCCGGACGACUGAGCGAGCCCCCCAGCCCCCGCCCCCGGGCUGCCAGCCCCUGCCCCUGCCCAGCUGGGACACGGCCCCGGGCUGCCAGCCCCCGCCCCUGCCAAGCCCGCGGCCCCAGCUCUGUCCAGCCCGGAUGCGCCCUUGCCCUCGGGCAAUAAAACUGCGAGAGAUCCCA